UUUUUUUUUUUUUUUUUUUUUUUUGCUGUUUCUUUUUUCAUAUAGUUGGAUCCUUCUUAUUCUGAAGUCCAAUUAUGACCGUCAUUUGAUGAAAUCAAGAUAUAUCCAGCAUAGCAUCUCCUGAGCAUUUAAAUGUAACGCUAUUCUACAUAUAUGUACAUCCUAGACGACCAUGUCGAGCCUAAAGUUGGGGUAGUAACUAGCUACCUACUGUAAAUGGAUAAACCACUCGCGUGUUCAUAUGCGGAGUCCUCUCAUUUCUUCGCCUCUAUUGGCCUCCACUCCUCAUGCACACUCUGAGAGGGGAUAUAAGCUAUAAUAGUAUCCGUCCCAAAUACGACAUCAAGAUUGUGGGGUCAUGAAGCUACGUGGUGAUGAUGAUCAAGGAGAGGGGGGGUUGCUGCUAAGGUUAUCCAUGAUCUCCAGGGUAAUUUUUGGGCAUGGGAGGAGAAUUCCCCUGAUGUUGUCCUUUUCCUUUCCAUUUCAUCUUUUCAACUAGCUUUCAUUGUAUGUUCUCUGUUGAGAUAUAAGCAAGCGACUUUGGGUGUUUAAUUUCAGGAAUACAUUGCACCAAAACUGAUUCUUUCUCAUCGUAUACGAUGGCGUCCGGCAAGAGACCCAACUUUCUCAUCUUUCUGGCCGAUGACCUUGGGUUCUCGGACAUUGGGCCCUUUGGCGGUGAAAUUAACACCCCGAAUCUCGACAAAUUGGCAAAAGACAGCAUCCUGUUUACAGACUUUCAUGCUGCGGCAGCAUGCUCACCAUCACGAGCCAUGAUCAUGACGGGAACCGAUCACCACAUUGCCGGUCUCGGGAACUUGAUCGAGUGGACCAAUGUCUCAGGCCAGAACGACCCCAACGGAACCAUGUCGACGGCCGUCCAACGCGGUAUGCCCGGCUACGAGGGCUACCUGAAUGAAAGAGUUGUCGCUCUACCCGAACUGCUUCGCGAUGCAGGUUAUCACACAUUAAUGUCAGGCAAGUGGCACUUGGGCCUAACACCUGAGCGUAGUCCAAAAGUCAGGGGUUUCGAGCGUAGCUUCUCCCACCUACCGGCCUGCAGCAACCACUAUGCGUACGAACCGCAGCUCGAGGGUGCGGAUAAGAUCCCAGAAUUCAUGACUAUGAGCUUCAUCGCAUUACAUAGCGAAGAUGGUGAAUAUGUGAAGAAGCUACCAGAUGGAUGGUAUUCCUCUGACGGAUAUGGUGAUAAGAUGUUGCAAUAUCUGAAGGAUUGGAAGGAGGCCGGCGAUGACCGUCCGUUUUUCGGAUAUCUCCCGUUUACUGCACCUCAUUGGCCACUGCAAGCGCCCCAGGAGUACAUUAGGAAGUAUCGUGGUGUGUACGAUGAUGGUCCGGAGGCUCUGCGUCAGAAGCGACUACAGCGUCUCAAGGACCUCGGCAUGGUGGCUCAGGAUGUUGAACCUCACCCAGUAGUGGCCGACGAGGUGAAAGAAUGGGAAGAUUUAACAGACGUAGAGCGGGCAAAUUCAUGCAGGGCGAUGGAAUGCUUCGCUGGUAUGGUCGAGGCUAUCGAUGCUAAUGUCGGUAAGGUCAUGAAAUAUCUUGAGGAAAUCGGCGAGCUGGACAAUACCUUCAUCUGCUUCCUUUCUGAUAACGGAGCUGAAGGCGCUGCGUACGAAGCAUAUCCAAUCGUGCAGAGCAAUAUGUUGCAACACCUGCAGAAAUACUACGACAACAGCAUUGAUAACCUCGGUAACGGUAACUCCUUUAUCUGGUACGGUCCCAGAUGGGCACAAGCCGCUACCGCACCGAGCAGGCUUUACAAAGCCUACACGACGGAGGGCGGUGUACGCGUUCCCUACAUGAUGAAGCCCCCGGCGAACUUCAGCGGGAAUAUCCCAGGGGGCAGCAUAACGCACCAAUUCGCGACAGUCAUGGAUCUCGCGCCGACGAUCCUAGACAUGGCAGGCGUAACACACCCAGCACCGACCUACCAAGGGCGACAAAUCGUCCCCAUGCGCGGGAAAUCCAUGGUGCCGUACCUGUCGAAGCAAGCCGAGACGAUCCACGAGAAAGACUUCAUCAACGGGUGGGAGACGUGCGGACGCGCGGCCUGCCGUCGCGGCGACUGGAAGAUCGUGUUCAUACCGAAACCGAAGGGACCUGAGAAGUGGCAGUUGUAUAAUCUCGCUGCAGACCCGGGCGAGGUGCACGAUCUCGCGGAGCAGGAACCUGGGAAAUUGAAGGAGUUGAUCAAAUUGUGGGAUAUAUAUGUUCUGGAAACGGGGGUUAUCCCGCUGUCGCCGGACUUGGGCAAUUGGAUGGCGGCGAUGGAGGAGCAGAUGCCUGAGAACGCGUGGAUCGAGUACGAGUAUUGGAAGGAUGGCGCGAGAGAUGAGCCCGAGAAGUUUACGAGGGUUGUUCCGCGCUUUCAGAGACAUGUUUCGGCUAUAUGAGAUGUAGGAUGGUGUAGCUUGUAGAGCUCGGGUUGUUGCUUUCUACUGGUAGUGAUGAGGAAAAUUUACUUUGUGUAUUAGAUUGAUGUUUAUGAAUGCUUCGAUAAGUGAGACCUCUGUUUACUUCUAUAUAUCUUAUUUUUCUUGAGUUCGUCAGAAUUAUCGAGUUCUUGUUGAGGAUACUCUGUUCAACUGCUUGAGGUCAUUACCCC